AUGUCGAUCAAAGGAUGUCAAUGUGCUAGAAAUAUGGAAGAUAAAGACGCAAUUCAGUGCUUUCAAUGUCAACUUGCUUUUCACCAAGACUGUGUCGGAAUAAGUAAAUCAGCUUUCAAGGUUAUCAGUUCCGUGUCCAAUAUUAAGUGGUAUUGUGAUGAAUGCAUGAAACUACUUCCUGAUGUAAAGUCAUUAAAUAAAGCUGUGCGUGAUAGCAAUGAUGCGCUCAACACUAAAAUUGACAAAAUUGAUGAAUCGAACAAUUUGUUGAGGAGCGAACUUGAAGCUAUCAAAAGUUUAAUUCAGAGAAAUGUUGAUGGGGCGGAAAGAUUCGAUGGCACAGUUUUGAGUACUGAGCUGUGUAACCUUAAUAACGAUUUGAACAAAAGUUUUGCUGAUGCUGUCCGAUGCGAAGUGACUAGUUAA